UCAUUAUCUGUUCCAAGUGACAAACUAACACAACAUCAUUCAAAAGACAAACACUCAUCAUGGAAUAGUUGAAGUCUGUCCAGGUUCAUAGCAGCAAUGAAAAAGAAUGCAUCACCUCAGUCUUCUGAGCAUUGCAUGUCUGUUACCACUCCUCUUCUUGAUCUGGAAAAGGAAGCUGAGAUAUCAUGUAGUGGAGUAACUCAAAAUAGGGACAUAGAGGAUGCAGAGAAAGAUGACUAUAGCAUUAAUGAUAGUCCCAUUGAGCAAGUGAGGCUAACAGUUCCAAUCACUGAUGACCCUUCUCAGCCAGCACUCACUUUCAGGACAUGGAUUCUAGGACUAGCUUCAUGUGUGCUCCUUGCAUUUGUGAACCAAUUCUUAGGCUACAAAACCAACCCUUUGAAAAUCACUUCUGUCUCAGCUCAGAUUAUUACACUCCCACUUGGGAAGCUUAUGGCUGCAACACUUCCUACAAAACCAAUUCAAGUCCCUUUCACAAGUUUGUCUUUUUCGUUGAAUCCAGGGCCAUUCUCUUUAAAGGAACAUGUGUUGAUAACCAUCUUUGCUAGUUCAGGAUCUACUGGUGUUUAUGCAAUAAACAUUCUCACAAUUGUUAAGGCUUUCUAUCAUAGGAAUAUCCAUCCUGUAGCGGCUUAUUUGUUAGCGCUAUCGACUCAGAUGCUAGGGUAUGGAUGGGCUGGCAUUUUCAGAAGGUUCCUUGUUGAUUCACCUUACAUGUGGUGGCCUGAAAACCUUGUGCAAGUGUCACUAUUUAGGGCAUUUCAUGAAAAAGAAGAAAGGCCUAAAGGAGGUACUUCUGGGCUGCAAUUCUUUUUCGUAGUCUUUGUAGCUAGCUUUGCGUAUUACAUUGUUCCGGGAUACUUUUUCCAAGCAAUAUCAACCGUCUCUUUUGUUUGUUUGAUUUGGAAAGAUUCAAUCACUGCGCAACAGAUUGGUUCGGGCAUGAAAGGCCUCGGUAUCGGUUCGUUUGGUCUCGACUGGAACACCGUUGCUGGCUUCUUAGGUAGUCCUUUGGCUGUGCCUGGCUUUGCCAUCAUCAACAUAAUGGCAGGAUUUUUAUUGUAUAUGUAUGUUUUGAUUCCAAUUGCUUAUUGGAACAAUUUAUAUGAUGCAAAAAAGUUCCCCCUCAUUAGUUCUCACACAUUUGACUCUACCGGUGCAACAUACAAUGUUACUCGGAUUCUCAAUGCCAAAACUUUCGAUAUUGAUAUGGAAAGUUACAACAAUUACAGCAAGAUCUAUCUGAGCGUCACGUUUGCCUUUCAGUAUGGAUUGAGCUUUUCAGCUCUUACAUCUACUAUUUCGCACGUGAUUCUCUUCCACGGAAAAAUGAUUCUACAAAUGUGGAAGAGGACCACGAGUGAAUUAAAACAUCUCGGAGAUAUCCAUACAAGAAUCAUGAAGAGGAACUAUGAACAAGUCCCUGAAUGGUGGUUUGUCACCAUUCUGAUUCUAAUGGUCAUGAUGGCCUUAAUAUCCUGUGAAGGCUUCGGCAAGCAGCUCCAACUUCCAUGGUGGGGAAUCUUACUUUCGCUAGCAAUUGCAUUAGUUUUCACUUUACCUAUUGGCGUCAUUGAAGCAACAACAAACACAAGAACAGGUCUCAAUGUAUUCACAGAGUUGGUUAUCGGUUACAUCUAUCCAGGAAAGCCACUAGCUAAUGUAGCUUUCAAAACCUACGGCCAUGUCAGCAUGGUACAAGCACUUGCUUUUCUUGGUGACUUCAAAUUAGGCCACUAUAUGAAAAUUCCACCAAAAUCAAUGUUCAUUGUGCAGCUUGUUGGCACAGUAGUUUCAUCAUCUAUUCACUUUGGAACAGCAUGGUGGCUUCUUACAUCUAUCGAGAACAUAUGCGAUGAGUCAUUGUUGCCAAAAGGUAGUCCUUGGACAUGUCCCGGUGAUGAUGCAUUUUACAAUGCUUCCAUCAUAUGGGGAGUUGUAGGGCCAAAGAGAAUGUUUACCAAAGACGGCGUUUAUCCUGAGAUGAAUUGGUUUUUCCUUAUUGGUUUUAUUGCACCUUUUCCAGUGUGGCUUCUAUCUAUCAAACUUCCUAACCACAAGUGGAUUAAACUCAUCAACAUUCCUAUUAUCAUUGUAGGUGCUUCUAGCAUUCCACCUAGGAGAUCUGUGAAUUAUAUUAGUUGGGGAAUUGUUGGAAUAUUUUUCAAUUUUUAUGUUUAUAGAAAAUUCAAAGGUUGGUGGGCUAGACAUACUUAUAUUCUUUCAGCUGGUUUAGAUGCUGGAGUUGCUUUUAUGGGUUUAGUGCUUUACUUUGCUCUUCAAUCUUAUGGUAUUUUUGGUCCAUCAUGGUGGGGUCUUGAAGCAGAUCACUGCCCUUUGGCAGGAUGCCCUACAGCUCCAGGUGUACAUGCAGAGGGUUGUCCUAUUCCCUGACUUCCAUGUUACUAUUCCAUCAUCAAUACUGCCUUUUCUUGUGUUUAUGAUAUUGAACAUGUAAAUAUACUAAACCAAGAACCUGUUUUACUUUGAUCUCUUUGUAUUUAAACUAUCUUGUUUGACUUUUCAGUAAAUUUUUUUCGUGAUACAAGAGAGCCUAAACCCAAAAGAAGAAUAACUACUCUCUAACAAUCCUACUAUAACACCUUCCAACAAAAUCUGCUAGAUAAAUGGUAUUUAGAUCUUGAGGACAAACAUCAUAGGUCCUAAUUCCACCAUUUUGAGUCACACAUAAUCUCGCGAGUGCAAAUGCAGGCAUAUUUAUUUGCUUCUCUAUAAAUCUUCCCUACCUGAUGGAUGAAACUGAUAGAAAUAUGGUAUGAUAAUCCUGGAUAUCUUCAAGAAUCGUGUUCGUUCACUUUCCGAACAAAGUAUUUCGACCAUAUUCUUGUCUGGGUUCACGAAAUCUUUGCGGGGAUAAUUCUCGAAGAACAAUCUGUUUCUGACAAUAGAGAACAAAUCAGAAUGUAGAGAGGAAGUAUAAUUUCGUGUACCAAAUCGAGGCCAAAAGACUCCUUAUUUAGGAGACCAAUAACAGAAAACGAACAGACACACCUUUUCGGAAAAAACAGUUAUGUCGGUUGGGAAAGGGUGCAACUAUUCAAAGGAAUUUUUCGAACGGGGAGCUGCCCCUUGGACCCCGGCAGGGCGCUGCCCCGCACUCCGCCAGGGGCUACGCCCCUUGGAACCCCGUUUCUAUUAUUCGUAUUCAAUUAAACGUUUGUCUCGACGAGCGUGUACUCCGCACCACCUUAACUCGUUUCAAACUUAACGCAUAAUUGCAUUGGCCUAAAAUAAAUCACAUUACUACCAAAAUACAUUGAUGAUACUAAAAUCACCAACAGAAACCCUAAUGGAGAUACUUGUGCCUACAGGCGACGUCCUACGGGGUACUAUCAAUCAAAUCCAUAGAGGACAGACCAUCUCCUGAGUAGGGUUUUCCAAAAAGGGGUAACCAACAAGAGGAGCAUUAAUUGUAAUUUCAAGCUUUACUGCGUAAAAACUCUUCGGCUCUUGGCCCAUGCACGCCUCGCGCUUUAGAGACUAUAUAUCACUAUGUCUAUAAUGACAUACUAGGACCUUAAAGAAUCCUCAAUGGAGGGCGUGCUAGCUGUGAACGACCUCGAUCAUGAUAUGUUGAGUUAACCGCUACAAAAUAAAGAGAGACCUCUCCUUACCACGAGGCCGACUCGAUAAUGGAUGGUCGAGAUGACUCCUUCUACCUGCAGGUGUUGUAUUGUACUGUUAGAGUCUCUUACUAAAAGCACUUUGCCUCUAUAUGCCUCAUGCUUGACGGAUUGUAUAACUAGUAUAUGCAAAAUGACUCAAUGUGGCAUAGGUGAGUUCAAGUUGAUCUCAAGUCAUGUCGAUUGAACUCGUCGUUCUUAGAAAAGAAGACAUGGUAGUUAAUGACCAUAACGACCACACUCAAGUAAAUUAGACAAAGACGUUAAUGACCAUAACAACCAUGCUUAGACAAAAGAGACAAGGUUGUUAGUGAUCAUAUAACAGUCAUGCUAAUACAAGAAGACAUUGUCAUGAAUAGCCAUAAUGACCAAUCUUCCACAAGGAGACAUGGUCCUUAAUGGCCUUUAAACGCGCACACAAAAAAAUACAUUUAAAACAGCAAAUGAAGUGGUAUAGCCAACUCCUUUUUCU